AUGGCAUCGACUAAGUCGUUCUCGGUCUCUGGAAAAACUGCCAUCGUAACUGGCGCCGGCUCAGGUAUAAACCUCGCAUUUGCGGAACUUCUUCUCUCCCGCAACUGCAAUGUCGUAUUUGCAGAUUUGGAGCUGCGGUCAGAAGCAAAAGGUGUCAUCUCGAAAUAUCAGAGCGAGGACAAGAGCCAGGCUUCCUUUAUCAAAACGGAUGUAACGUCAUGGACCGACCUUGCCAACAUGUUUAGCUUUGCCCUUGAAAAGUAUGGAGACAUCGACAUUGUUUGCCCCGGCGCAGGAGUAUACGAGCCUCACUGGUCAAACUUCUGGCAUCCGCCUGGCUCUAGCGAAAGUCGAGAUGCGGUCGGUAAGGGUCACUAUGCAACGUUAGAUAUCAAUCUGACGCAUCCUAUUCGCGUAACGCAAAUGGCGAUAUCUCACUGGCUAUACCCUCGACCGCCGACUGAAGGCUCCAAGUUGACCGCAGCACCGCCCAAGGCGUCUCCCAGUAAUCCCAAGAGAGUCAUCCACAUUUCUUCAGUUGCGGCCCAGAUACCUGUCUGGAGAGCUCCGUUGUACGCUGCAUCCAAGUUUGGUCUUUCGGGCUUCGUUCGCAGCGUCGCGCGGCUGGAGCCUCUAUUUGGCGUGCGUGUCAACGCCGUCGCGCCUGGAGUCGUUCAGACCCCUCUCUGGACCGAGCAUCCAGAAAAGCUGAUAAAUAUCGAUCUGUCCAAAGAUGCAUGGGUUACGCCGCAGGAAGUGGCGCAGGCAAUGCUCAGAUGUAUCGAGGACGAUGAGUAUAUCGGAGGGACAGUCUUGGAGGUUGGCGCUGGCAACACUAGGAAAGUCAAUACUUACAACGACCCAGGGCCAGACCGAGAUCCCAGAAAGGGACUCAUCACAAGCAACAAUGAAUUUGGAGAUGGAGAUGUGCUUGAUUGGCUUCAGGACGAAAGCAUCUGGGGAUCUCAUCUAUAG